AACAGUGCUUGUAUCUGGUCCCAGCUGGAAGAGGAAUUGAAGGCCCAGAUCGAGAUGUGGGAACAGAAGCACUCAGCAGCAUUCGUGGUCAAUGGGCAGAAGUUCAUGGAGUACGUGGCUGAGCAGUGGGAGGCGCAUCGGUUAGAGAAAGAGCGAGCCAAGCAGGAGAGGCAACUGAAGAACAAGAAGCAGACAGAGACGGAGAUGCUGUAUGGCAGCAUGCCCAGGACACCCAGCAAGCGGCGCGGAAUGACUCCCACCACCCCGGGCAAAGUGCGCAAG